AUGUGCUCUCAUCAGGCUGAAUUUACCGUUGCGAAGCAUUUGGUUGGUUUCAUGAGUAUUGUGAUGGAUGGAUGUAUCUUCAUUUGGGUAGGCAACAGAAAUCGCUUAGAUACCUUAUGUUUUGCACAAAAUUUCCGAGGAAUGAAUCUGAUCGAAUCAUCAAAACCAAAUUAUUUGGUAGAUGGCGUUGCUGUAAAACUUAAUAAGCUAUUUCCCAACAAACAGGUUUUCUUCUCAAGUGAUCUUCGUAUUGAGGAUGCGUCAUUUUGGACUGAAUUGUUGCAGGCUAUCACCGAUUACGUUUCGAAAAAUGAAGAAAUUUUUGGUAUCGUUCAGUGCUGUAGUUGA